AUGGAAGCUCCAGGGCGGGUCAGUCUGGCCCACUACGAGUGCCGAGUUGACUGGCUGUACCUGCUUGCGCGAGUUCUCAACCGCUACGUGCGACACUACGAGCCGCUGUCGUACGAGCCAGUGAACACCCACGGAGGGAGAUCAGGAGCAGGACGCUGGAAGCGCUCCGUCGCGAACCCUAAGGACGUGGGCAACCUCCAGGUGACCUUCAAGGCGCUCAACAGGCUGUUCCGGCUUCACUUGAAGCGAGAUCGAUCCUCCUUCUCCAACGACUUUCUCCUGGUGACCAGCCGUGGCCCAGUGAACACCAGCCUUGAUCACAUGUACUCGGGCCACGUCCUGGGAUAUCCCGGCAGUCGCGUGGUGGGCGCCAUGACAAACGGCGUGUUCUUGGGUCGUGUAGCGCUCUCCGCGGCUGACGGCACCGAGGAGCAUUUCCACGUGGAGAGCGCCAGCCGCUACCUGGGACCCGGACGUGACCCCCGCGUCCACUCGAUCAUCUACUCAGCGCGCGACGUUGUGCCGUCGGGCGGUCGGUGUGGCCUCUACGGUGCCACUCAGACCUUCCUGAGCCAAAUACGGAAGAAGCACCGCAAGGGUCCUAAGAUGCAGAGCGAAGAUCUCAAAGUGCGCCGAAAGCGUUCAUUCUUCGAAUCGGCUGUGCGGGCUUACGACAUGCCUUCGGCUGCAGCCACGCCCACCGAAGCUUGGAAACCGUCCUCUGUGCCUCUCGCAACGCAGUCUGCUGAACCCAGUGCUCGAGACUCGGCGGGCGCCGGUGACGGCGACCCGAAACGACGAUCGGGAUCGAUCUUCAAGCGCGUCUGCAACGUCGAAGUGGUGGUGGACCACUUGCUGUUCGAGUCGUUCCUGAACGAAGAAGGCGGUGAUCGAGAGAGGGCGCUUGGAGCCAUCACAACAAUGGCGGGGACGCACGCGGCAGCCGCCACGGAUAUCUUCAGCAAGACGGACUUCGACGGCAUCACCGGCAUCUCCUUCGAAGUGCAGCGCUUACGGAUCAACGAGUCGAACUCCUGCGAGGGUCGGGUGCGGCACACGAACCCGUUCUGCCGCGAAGACCUGGACGCGGCGUACAUGCUGUUCGAGCUGUCCAAGGUCAACCACGACACCUUCUGCGUCUCGUACAUAUGGACGCACAGGGACUUCCCUGGCGGAACGCUGGGACUCGCCUACCUCGCGGAGUCCGAAGUCGAUACGGGAGGCAUUUGCGACAAGUUCCACUUUGGUGCCAACGUGGUCAAGGCGCUGACCUACCGCGGAAGCCUGAGCCUCAACACGGGCCUGGUCACCUUCCUCAACAACAACGUGCGCCUCUCGCAGCGGGACACGGAGGUCACCUUUGCCCACGAGCUAGGCCACAACUUUGGAUCGCCGCACGACUACCCGCCGGAGUGCACACCAGGCGGCACUCAGGGGCAGUACCUGAUGUACCCGAGCGCCCGCCGUGGAACCGAGCCCAACAAUCUCAAGUUCUCGCCCUGCAGCAUACGGAACAUCUCGCUCGUCCUAAAGGAGCUCAUCGCUGGAGAGGCGAUCAGUCCCAACUGCCUUCAGGAGCCCCGUGGCCCCUUCUGCGGCAACAAGGUACGCGAGAAGGGAGAAGAGUGCGACUGCGGCUACGACAACAGUGACUGCACCGACCGCUGCUGCUACCCGCGGCAGAGUGGGCCUGAAAAGGCCUGCAAGUUGCGACCCGGAGCCAAGUGCAGCCCAAUGAACUCGGCGUGCUGCACCACGAGCUGUGGCAUCCAGGACACGUCGGUGUCUUGUCGCUCGGAGGACGACUGUCGCUUCGAGGCCUUCUGCGACGGGAGGAGUGCCGCGUGUCCGCAGUCUGCGUGGCGAGCCAACGGCACCGUCUGCAACCACGGCACGCAACUGUGCGAGGCCGGCGAAUGCGAGCUCUCGGUGUGCCGCAAGUACGGCCUCGUUGAGUGCUUCCUCACCGGACCGGAUUUGACGCCUAGUGACCGAUGCCUCAUCGCUUGCAGGGAGCACGAUCCUGGCAGCGAGUGCCGUGAGGCGUGUUUCUUCCGUCGCAUGCGCAGCCUCUGCCACAAGAAGCUUCAGCCUGGCGCCUUAUGCAACAACCUGCACGGCUACUGCGACGUGUUCCAGCAGUGCCGCCACAUCGACGCCGAAGGUCCGCUCACCAGGCUCCAUUGGCUUGUGUUCGGCAACACGGGAAUCACGCACGUGCUCGUGAGGCACUGGUACCUGACGACUUUGGGCAUCGUGCUGAGUGCUGUGGCGACCGUGUCUCUGAUACACGUCUGCACCGUCUACAUCCCCAGCAGCAACCCGCACCUGAAGCCGCCCAAGAAGAUCACCGACACCGUCCACCACCCGCUAGACUUCAUGACAGGCAUCUUACGCCGUCGAUGACUUCGGCGCGAGCGCCACCGGUUUACUUCGCUGGCUGCGGUCCCAGCUCACUAUUGUUUGAUGCAUAAGAACGA